AUGGCGGCUAUCCUUGAGCAGCAAAUCGGCGGAUGGGCAGCAGAGGAGACGUCAUCAGGAGAAGUAGGAAAAGUAUUUUCUGUUGGUGAUGGGAUCGCUCGUCUCCUUGGACUCGGAAAUGUUCGAGCAGGAGAACUCAUUGAAUUCCAAUCAGGAGUCCUUGGUAUGGCGUUGAACUUGGAGAGGGAUAAUGUAGGCGCUGUCAUCUUUGGCGACGAUAGGUUAGUAUGCGAAGGACAGACAGCAAAAAGGACAAAAAGAAUAGUAGAUGUACCUAUAGGGGAAGAAUUAAUAGGAAGAGUUGUUGAUGCAUUAGGCAUGCCUAUUGAUGGCAAGGGUCCUAUAAAUGCAAAACAGAGACGGCGUGUCGAAGUAAAGGCACCUGGUAUCCUGCCUCGUAAGAGUGUGCACGAGCCAAUGGUGACGGGUAUAAAAUGUGUAGAUUCUUUAGUCCCUAUAGGGAGGGGACAAAGAGAAUUAAUUAUAGGAGAUAGGCAAACAGGAAAAACAUCUAUUGCAGGUAUGUCUCCUUAUUACUGUCUCCUUUUUACUCUGUCUCCUUAUUAUUCUGUCUCCUUAUUACUUUGUCUCCUUAGUACUCUGUCUCCUUAG